AUGACCUCCAGGCCAAUGAGGAAGCUGUCUGCGGUCGCCACUUGUUCCUCUGCUUCAGCUACUCGCUUCAUUUCUCCACCAGUCCGAACCGCGACUGCUGGUCUCUCCCAGAGGUGCAAGUCUACCACUGCUGGCAGCGUAUCACCACGCCAAGUCCUAUCCAGGAGACAUCUCGCACAGGUCCGCCCUGAGCCUAUUUCCGAUGUCUGGUUUACUUCUUCCUCCCCACGAUCCGGCCCCGAGGAUGAGCUGUUGGGGGCAAAUACCUCGCGCCCGGGUGGCGUGCGGGAUCACAAGCCUCCGGAUGAACGUCUAGUUAAGUUAGGAAAGACUUUACGCACCCUAUCGCCUCUUCUGCCGAAUAUCCUGAGCACCCCUCUCCCACCCGACAUUCUCUCGCCUAAUAUUUCACUGCAUCUUUUCCCAUCAACCCACCCACACUUGCCUGCGGUGAAAGGCCGAGUCGCAUACCGUGCAGCAUUGUGGACUGCCCCUGUCGCUUGGGGCUGUGUCCCCAUUGUCGGCAAUGUCAAACUCAACAUCGUCUCUGAGAAAAUUGUUCGGACUGGAUUCGCCUAUGCGAUACCGGUAGAUGAGAAUGGCGAACCCGCCUCUGAUCUCAGCGAAGAAAAAUUAGUAGUGCGGUGGAAGACUGAACCUAAGCAAAAUGGAAACGGACACCCAUCAACGGCAGCCUCGGCAUCCACCGCUGCGCGAUCUAAGACUCCCUCGAGCGGAGGCAUCAAUGGCGGGAUUUCAAAGCUGCUGGGCGGCGAGAAGCCAAUCUUCAACUUGAACAAGGAAGACGGAUUUAGUGGCCUCUUCAUCUUCACUUUCGAUUCCAAGGGCCGCAUCGCGAGCCAUACAAUCGAGCACGCCGACGAGAACAAUGGCUUUGACAAGACCAACAAAGUCGUCACAUUGACUGACUGGCUACUGGGGAAGGCCAAAUGGGGCCGAGGAGGGGACAAGGAACAAGAACUCAUCCCAGGGCUGGCUAUGCGCGUGUGCCGAGAUGAGUGGAACAUCCAACGACGGUUUUCCCGCGGCGGUGAGUGA